AUGGGAGCCUCAUCAUCAGACAAUGUACCCAAUGCGACUAAUGGCGAUGCGCCUGUCACAUCCUCGGCUUUACCAGUGGCCAGUGGCGGCAAUACAUCAUUCUGGCGCAAGAAUUUACACGAGUUGGACGACUUGAGGUCGACUGAAAUUCUGCCAGAAACAUCUGAUGUCGUUAUCGUAGGCGGGGGAUACGCCGGCGUAGCGACGGCAUACCAUCUCCUAGAACUUGGAAGUACGGCGUCGAUAACCCUUGUUGAGGCGCGCGGCGCAUGUUCUGGUGCCACGGGACGCAAUGGCGGUCACAUGCGCCCAGACCUCUACGGUCACAUUCCCAAAUACAUCAAGCGCUUCGGCCUCGAAAUUGGCAGCUCCCUUGCCGAGUUCGAGAUCGCCCACGUGCAGGCCAUCAAAGCGGUAGUAGAGAAGGAGAAGAUCGACUGCGAGUUCACCCUCACCCGAACAACGGACGUAUGGUGCGACCAAGACGCUGCCGACAGGGCCAAAGCCGUCUACGAAAUGAUGGUCGGCCAUGGACUGAAGUACAUGGACGACGUGCACUUCACUUACGGCCAGAAGGCUGCAGAGGGCGUGAGCGGUAUCAAGAAUGCCAAGGCGUGCACAACCUACACGGCUGGGACCAUGUUCCCAUACAAGUUCAUCCUGCACCUCGUCGGGCUGCUUCAUAAGCGCGGGCUGAACAUACAGACGCACACCCCCGUCACCUCUGUAACUCCCAACGAAGACGGAAGCUGGACUGUUUCCACUCCUCGGGGCCACAUCAAGGCUGGGAAGGUAGUCCACGCCACCAACGCCUAUACCAAAGCCCUCCUCCCCGAAUACGCCAAGAAUAUCGUCCCCUGCAAGGGCAUCUGCUGCCACAUCGCCGUGCCCCAAGGUUCCACCCCGCCACACGUCCAAAACUCCUUCAUCAUUCGCGAAUCAGGCAACCCAAGCGUGUUGAGCUACCUGGUCCCGCGCGGCGACGGCGGGAUUGUAGUCGGCGGCGCUAGUUCCAUCUUCCGGCCUCACUUGGAGCAAUGGUAUGACAAUAUCGACGACACGGUGCUGAUCGAGUCUGCCAAGGACUAUUACGAAAGUUUCAUGCAAAAGAACUUCCGGGGGUGGGAGGAUAGCGGGGCGAGGGUGACGGAUAUUUGGACGGGGGUCAUGGGCUACUCGUGGGAUUCGAAUCCCCAUGUGGGACAUGUGCCCGGGAAGGAGGGGCAGCUGAUUAUUUCUGGGUUUAACGGGCAUGGCAUGCCGAUUAUUUGGUUGGCGGCGAAGGGACUGGCGGAGAUGAUUGUGCGUGGAAAGGGAUUUGAGGAGACUGGGAUGCCGUUGUUGUUGAAGACUACAAAGGAGAGGAUUGAAAGGGCGCAGAAGGGGCCAGAGGGUGGUGAUAUACUUGCAUGA